AUGAUGGCUCAGGGAUCCGGGGAUCAGAGAGCAGUGGGGAUCGUGGACCCAGAGGAGAGUUCUCCAAAUAUGAUAGUCUACCGCAAAAUUGAAGACAUCAUUACAAAGAUGCAAGAUGACAAGACGGGGGGUGUGCCUGUCAGAACAGUCAAGAGCUUUCUCUCCAAAAUCCCCAGUGUUGUCACAGGUACGGACAUUGUACAGUGGCUUAUGAAGAACCUUUCCAUCGAGGACCCAGUUGAAGCAAUACACUUGGGAAGCCUUAUAGCUGCCCAGGGCUACGUCUUCCCCAUCUCGGACCAUGUUCUUACCAUGAAGGAUGAUGGCACCUUUUAUCGUUUCCAGGCCCCAUACUUCUGGCCUUCAAAUUGCUGGGAACCUGAAAACACGGACUAUGCCAUCUACCUCUGUAAGAGGACAAUGCAGAAUAAAGCAAGGCUGGAACUGGCAGAUUAUGAAGCAGAAAACUUAGCAAGACUCCAGAGGGCCUUUGCAAGGAAGUGGGAAUUCAUCUUUAUGCAAGCAGAAGCACAAGUCAAAAUUGAUCGGAAAAAGGAUAAGACAGAAAGGAAAAUUUUGGAUAGUCAAGAACGAGCCUUUUGGGACGUCCACAGGCCAGUGCCAGGCUGUGUGAACACAACAGAAAUGGAUAUCAGAAAAUGUCGACGUUUGAAGAACCCACAAAAGGUUAAAAAGUCGGUGUACGGUGUGACUGAAGAAUCCCAGUCGCAAAGCCCAGUGCACAUCCCCAGUCAGCCAAUCAGGAAAACUACAAAAGAAGACAUCCGGAAACAAAUAACAUUUUUGAAUGCACAGAUUGACAGACAUUGUUUAAAAAUGUCCAAAGUGGCUGAAAGCUUAAUUGCUUACACGGAACAGUACAUGGAAUAUGACCCUUUGAUCACACCAGCUGAGCCGUCCAAUCCCUGGAUCAGUGAUGAUAUCGCUUUAUGGGACAUAGAGAUGAGCAAAGAGCCCAGCCAGCAGCGAGUGAAGAGAUGGGGCUUCUCUUUCGAUGAGAUCUUGAAGGACCAGGUGGGGCAGGACCAGUUUCUACGAUUCCUGGAGUCGGAAUUCAGUUCAGAAAACCUCAGGUUCUGGUUGGCAGUCCAAGAUCUCAAGAAACAGCCCCUCCAGGAUGUGGCCAGGAGGGUGGAAGAAAUCUGGCAAGAGUUUCUGGCUCCCGGGGCCCCAAGCGCAAUCAACCUGGAUUCUCACAGCUAUGAGAUAACCAGUCAGAAUGUCAAGGAUGGAGGGAGAUACACAUUCGAAGAUGCCCAGGAGCACAUCUACAAGCUGAUGAAGAGUGACAGCUACGCCCGCUUCCUCCGGUCCAAUGCUUACCAGGACUUGCUGCUGGCCAAGAAGAAGCCAGAAAGUGAGCAAGGUCGUAGAACUUCCUUAGAAAAGUUCACUCGCAGUGUGGGAAAGUCACUGGCGGGCAAGCGCCUCACCGGCCUGAUGCAGUCCUCCUGA